AUGAGCUCUACAGAACGUCCCGUCACUCCUCUGAUCAUCCACGGCCAGGAUGUCACUCCCUCCCAGCACCCGGAGGCCCCUUGUUUUGUGCCCAACCAGAGUCUUCCAGGUGGGAGAGAUACUUUGGCGCUAGGGGCGACUCCUGAGCUCUGCGUCAAGGCGGCAGAUUCGUGUGCUUCUGCAUUUGCGACGUGGAGAAAUAGUAGCAUCCAAGAGAGGCGGGCCUUGUUUAACAAGCUGGCAGCGGUGCUCAGAGAUAGGCAGGAUGAGCUUAUGAAUCUGAUCCAGGAUGAACUCGCUUGCACCAGAACAUGGGCUUCGAUCGGUUAUAAUGAUACCGUCGACGUGGUGGAGCAGGCAGCCGCCUUGGUGACCUCGGGCGUCCUCUCGGGGGUCUCGCCACCCACAAACAACCCUCUUGCUCACGCCGUGGUGUUUAAAGAGCCGCUGGGCGUGAUACUUGGCAUAGCGCCUUGGAACUCACCACUACUCCUAGCUUUCAGGGCCGUGGUGGCAGCCGUAGCCACAGGAAACACGGCCAUCUUGAAGGUGAGUGCAGACGACAGACAAUAG